AUGCCUACGCGACCGUCAACAUCCUCAUCUUCCUCGUCCUCGUCCUCGUCACCCGAUGUUCCUCCUCCCACAAUGGGGCGCACACGCGAGGUCCCUCUCCAGCCUCCCAAACCGCUCUUUUUCAUCGACCACCGUCAAGCUGCGACAGAGAGCACGGAAGAAGCCAGCCGCGACCCGUUUCGCACUCCAGAAGCAUCAAUCCCAGGGACACCCAAGAAUGUGGGAGAUAACCCGUUCUCUCCGCCGUCCAGCGUCAUCAGCUUUAGUGGCGACAAUAUUAUCCCGGGUAAUGGCGGACAUCUAGGAGAGGGGAGCCGGAGCAGCUCCGUUUUCUCUGACCGCCCGAUGAACCGUAACCUCUCCUCCAGGGUGUCGGUGUCCUCUGGUCUGCGCAACCCCGUCGUCGAAGGCAGCAUCCAGGAGACGACGCGAGCGAGUCUACCUCACGUGAACUCUGGGAUCCGCAGCUCAUACAUGUCUCCGGCCGUCCUCUCCCGCCGCACGACCGUGUUCGAAUCAAGCGAGAUUGUACCCCGCAUGGCCAAACGCGCGCGAUCGACCAUGCUGACGAGCGAGAUCGAGAAGCCCUGGUUGACGGAGAAGGACGCUUACUCGCGUCUUUCGUACUUCCUCACGUACGCGAUGAUGUUCCUCGGCAUCGCGGGCGGCGCAGUUCGAUGCUACUUUGGAUGGAAGGAUAUACCCCGUCUUGGAAACAUCUGUUUGGUGAUGGAGGACGACUUCAACUCGCUAGACACCAACGUCUGGUAUCACGAAGUCGACAUGGGAGGGUUUGGCAACGGCGAGUUUGAGAUGACGACAACGUCGUCAAAUAAUUCGUUCGUGGAGGAUGGUCGCCUGUACAUCGUGCCCACUCUUACGUCCGACGUCAUUGGGUACGACAACGUGAUGAACGGGUACAUGUAUAAUGUCUCUGGGUGUACGAGCGCGAACCUAACGUCCUGCGGCACCGUGUCCAACUCGACGGCGGGCACUGUGAUUAACCCAGUGAUGAGUGCGCGGUUGUCGACGUUGAACAGCUACAGCAUUCAGUACGGGAAGGUGGAGGUGGUGGCGAAGAUCCCGACGGGAGACUGGCUGUGGCCGGCGAUUUGGAUGCUUCCCGUGAAGAACACGUACGGGCCAUGGCCAGCGUCAGGAGAAAUCGACAUCAUGGAGGCACGGGGCAACGGGAUAAGCUACCCGGCGCAGGGCGUAAACUACGUGCGGGGCUCGCUGAACUGGGGUCCGACGUCGUGGCUGAACUCGGUGUACAAGACGUACGGGUGGUGGACGAACCGGAGGUCGACGUUCGCGGACAACUUCCACACAUACACGGUGGAGUGGUCACCCAAGUUCGUCCGCAUCUACGUCGACACGCGCUUGGACUACAUGCUCGAUCUGAGCCUCAACGAGCCGUUCUUCAAGCGUGGUGACUACCCCGAGACGAUUCUGAACGGGUCGCAGUACAUCGUGACGCCGAACCCUUGGGAGGACGGCACGCCCAAUGUUGCGCCGUUUGAUCAGCCGUUCUACCUUAUCCUUAACGUCGCCGUCGGUGGCACCAAUGGUUGGUUUCCCGAUAAUGUGGGCAACAAGCCAUGGUUGGACGGUUCGCUCACUGCUAUGCGCGAUUUCGCUGCCGCACAAAAUACCUGGUCGCAGACAUGGCCAUCGAACUACCAAGACCGUGCGCUCGUCGUCGACUCGGUGAAGAUGUGGGAGAUGUGCUAG